AUGGCUCCUAGGAGCUUGGUGUCUCUUCUGUUUUCCCGAAAAGGGGCAGCCGGAGUUUCAAAUUGGAUAUGCCGGCGGCGGAUGAGCACGUUGAGCGUCUCAGAUGGAUCUUAUCGGUCGACAAAGGUAUUGCUGCCUUGGCUGAUGCUACCGCCAGCCGUCGAAGGCGGGCAAGUGACUCACAACUUCUACAGCCUCGGCGAGAGCAGAGUAUUGAGCCUCAGAGGCGGCGACGGUUUAAAAUUAGGUUUUAGCAUCUACGACACUAAAUUCGUGGGAUCUUCAAAGGGUUGGCUAGCUUUGCUGGAUAAGACCAACAACGAUCUGUUCCUCACGAAUCCCCUCUCCCGACGCCACCUAAAGCUUCCGACCGUCCCCGGCCCAUUCAACCCUCUCGACAUAUUCGGGUGCGUAUCCAGUCUCAUCACCUCAUUCUCUCCCAACGAAGAAGAAGAAGAAAACUGCCGCGCAAUGAUGAUUUACGGAUAUGAACUAGCAUUUUGCUGCCCCGGCCGCAGCACCGAGUGGACUCCGAUUGGCUCUCGUCUUACCAACGACGGCUUUAAUGGCUCCGAGGGGGUUAGAGUCUACGAGUCCUUUGUCUACUCCGCCACACAAGAGUUGUUCUUCUGCGUCACCGAGAACAGCGAUUUCGAGGCUUGGGAUCUGCGUGACCCGCACUCUCCGGUGAUGAUUCCGAUGGACGACGUGUCCGCGGACCCGGAGAUGUACCCCGUCGCCCACCGUUCCCGUGAAGAGUUGGUCAUGAAAUAUAUGUGCUGGAGGGUGAGAUCCCUCGUGGUAGACGAGAAAUCCGGUCAACUUUUUCUGGUGAUUAGGUUCGUGGCUAAUGACGUGGACUCUAAUGGCUCCUUUGUCCGCCUGAUCUCUGCUACGAUUCCGUGA